UGGCGCAGGCGCAGUGUCCCCGGCCCAAGAUGGCGGCGCGGUGCUCCACACGCUGGUUGCUUGUAGCCGUCGGGUUCCCGCGGCUGCCGGCUGCAGCGGGGAGAGGAGCCCGGCCGCCCGUGGGGGGCGUGGUGGGGGCAUCGCUGGGCCGCAGUCUGAGCGUCACCGCCUUCGCGCCUUCCCUGCGAGCUCGCGGUUCCGGGGCGCUGCUGACAUUGAGACCCGGUGUCAGCCUUACAGGAGUGAAAUGUUACCCUUUUGUUUGCACUGCCUCCUUCCACACGAGCGCCCCUAUGGCCAAAGAGGAUUAUUACCAGAUAUUAGGAGUGCCCCGAAGUGCCAGCCAGAAGGAGAUCAAGAAAGCCUAUUAUCAGCUUGCCAAGAAGUAUCACCCAGACACGAAUAAGGAUGAUCCCAAAGCCAAGGAGAAGUUCUCCCAGCUGGCAGAGGCCUAUGAGGUUCUGAGUGAUGAGGUGAAGAGGAAGCAGUAUGACACCUAUGGCUCCGCUGGCUUCGAUCCUGGGGCUGGCAGCUCCGGGCAGAGCUACUGGAAAGGAGGCCCCACUGUCGACCCAGAGGAGCUCUUCAGGAAGAUUUUUGGGGAGUUCUCAUCCUCUUCUUUUGGAGAUUUCCAGGGGGUAUUCAAUCAGCCUCAGGAGUACAUCAUGGAGUUGACAUUCAAUCAAGCUGCCAAGGGCGUCAACAAGGAGUUCACGGUGAACAUCAUGGAUACCUGUGAGCGGUGUGACGGCAAGGGGAGCGAGCCUGGCACCAAGGUGCAGCACUGCCACUACUGCGGUGGCUCCGGCAUGGAAACCAUAAAUACAGGCCCUUUUGUGAUGCGCUCCACCUGUCGGAGGUGUGGUGGCCGGGGCUCCAUCAUCACGACUCCCUGCGUGGUGUGCAGAGGAGCAGGACAAGCCAAGCAGAAGAAGAAAGUGAUGAUCCCCGUGCCUGCCGGAGUCGAGGAUGGCCAGACUGUGAGGAUGCCUGUAGGAAAAAGAGAAAUUUUCAUUACAUUCAGGGUGCAGAAAAGCCCCGUGUUCCGGAGGGACGGCGCAGACAUCCACUCCGACCUCUUCAUUUCCAUAGCCCAGGCUAUUCUUGGGGGCACGGCCAGGGCGCAGGGCCUAUACGAGACCAUCAACGUGACGAUCCCCCCUGGGAUUCAAACAGACCAGAAGAUUCGGAUGAGUGGGAAGGGCAUCCCCCGGAUUAACAGCUACGGCUACGGAGAUCACUACAUUCACAUCAAGAUAAGGGUCCCGAAGAGACUGACAAGCCGGCAGCAGAGCCUGAUCCUGAGCUACGCAGAAGAUGAGACUGACGUGGAAGGGACAGUGAAUGGCGUCACCAGCACAAGCACUGGUGGCAGCACCAUGGAUAGCUCCGCAGGAGGCAAGGCUAGGCCUGAGGCUGGGGAGGACAAGGAGGGAUUCCUUUCCAAACUUAAGAAAAUGUUUACCUCUUGAUAUCCCAGCUGAGGAAAACGGUCCACUGGAAACUAGGCCGGGAGCAACAGUCCCUCCUUGUGGCCAGGACACCUAGGACACAGGAGGAUCCUACACGGCAGCACCGAGCCCUGCCUGCAGAGGCCCUCUGGACCGCCUUGGCAACAGCAAAAUCAUGUAACAACUCACCUCUCCGUGGAAUGGUCACAGUGGACAGCCCCUGGGCAGUAAGGCAUGGCAUGCCUAAGGGCUGGUAGUUUCCUGUCCACAAGUAGGUACUUGGCUCCUUCUGGCACAGGGAGAGUCAUGGCUGGACACUUCUUGCAGAGCUAAAACUGAUUUGGAAUCGAAUGUGGUGGAGAUCUUAGUUAAAGAAUUAAAGGCCAUGCUUACAGCUUAAAAAUGAAGCCUUAAGCUGCACCAAGUUGUGAAGUGAUUAAUUUCCCUCUCAGCAAACCUCUGGGAGGUUCCAAAAUGAGUCUUUACUGUCAGGCUGUCUUUUUCAGGAACCUGGGACAUGCACACCCCACCAGUGUCCUCUGUCCCUCAGCAGGGGCGUCCCCUACUCUUCUUGGAGUUUGUUUUAAUUCCCAAAGGUACCAAGCAGCUGGAACAUUGGAGCCUUGGGACCCCAGGGUGAUACAUGUAAAGAGGGUCCCUGGAGACGCCACUCUUGAGCACAUGAGCCGUGAUCUCUGUCAGGACGGACAGUCCUUCCUCCCACCCGAUGUGGAGCGGCCUCUUGUCCCUCAACUGUUGAGUUCUGUUGUUCUAAGCCAGGUGUGAGUGGAGCUCCGGCCCUUCUGCUGGACCACAGCCAGCAUGUCCUGGGUCCGACUAAUGGCCUCCCCCUGCUCCGCUGCCUGCCAGGGGCUUGGUUCUCACCACUCACACUGCUGACCUCUGUUUGCAGAAGUGUGUUUAAAUUAUUCAGUGCUAAGAAUCAUCGUCUUUUCCUGUAUAAAUGUUUGUUCAAAAGAAAGCGUAGUCUCAGCAGUUGGAGGUCCUCCACCAUCCACCCAGAGCAAAGCAGUGUCCCCAGCCUUGGCUUGGAGGCUGUGCGGGUUCCGUUGUGUUUCCAGAUCCUCCCGCUGUGGUAAGACAGGCUAAUGGAGAACACUUCUGGUUAGUUUCUUUUUUGUUUUCUUUCAUAAUUUACUAAAAUAAAGCAUCUACUAGUGUCUGAUCUAAGAAUGUAAAAUGAUUCUGUAUCAAUGUAAAUAAGAUUAUCUACCGCAAAAAGAUAUUUAAAACCUAAA